CCCUAACGUUAUGUUUCUCAUUGGCGAGAUAGUUCCCACAAUCCCAAAUACACAGAGUUGCUUCCCCGCCGUCUCCUCCACCAUCGACGACCGAGUAUUUCAGCCGCUGCUUCAUUCACAGUUUCAAGUCUCCGUUCGCCUUCUCAAAUCUUCCCGGGUCAGCUUGGGGGAAAAAAAUGGUGGAGGAAACACAGGUUCGAGACUUCGGGAACCGAAUGAACAAGCGGAAAUCAGGGCACAAAAAGGGCAGCAACAAAGCGAGGAAGAAGCAGAAACAGUUCCCCGGAAUGGGAGAGCGAGUGAAAAUCGACCCGAGGGUGAAGAAAUUCCUUCGCAAGAAGGCUCGCGACUACAAUUCCGACGAUGAAGAUACAGAAGAGGGAUUAGCAAAGGGAGUUGAAGAUGAUAAUCUGUUGCCCGAGUAUGUCAUUGCAGAGGACGUAGGUGGUGAAGAAGCAGAGGAGCUUGGGAAUGAAGAAGACUCGGACGAAGAAGGAGAAGGUACUCUGCCUGGAAUCACGAAGCUUGGUGAAGGAUCCAGAGCUUUCAGGAAUGCUUUCAAGAGUGUAAUCAAGAAGGGUGCUUCUGAAGAUCCACUGGGACCUGUGUUAUCAGGACACAAGAAGCUAGUGGCAGAGAAGCUUGCUGAGGAAGAAGUAGAAAGGAAGGCUAAAGGAGAUGCCAAGAAGGAGAAGAAAUUGGUUGCUGAGAAGGGGCAUGUGAAGCCUGCUAAUUUCUUGGAUACACAUGAAAGGUUUCUGAUUAGUGUGGCUACAAAAGGAGGUAGUUAUUCUAGUUUCAGGCCUAGAUUUUUCCAGCAUUGUGUGCUCUUACAUCUGAUCUUUCACCUGAAGUACUAAAUCUGUUAACCUUUCUCUGUGCAUGACUCGCUUUGUUGAUGCCAGUGGUGAAGUUGUUCAACGCGGUUAACAAGGCACAAGUUGCACAGAAGGGAUUGAAUCCCUUGAGAUCUAAAGACGCUAAAGUUAUAAACAAGAGAAAGAAAGAUGCUUUCUAUGGCGAGUUACGCAGGGCUCCAUCAGCCAGUUCGACUGUUAAGGUAAAUACAUCAGAAGGAGAUGCAGAAGGAGGAACCCCAUCGUGGGCUCCCUUGCGUGACAACUAUAUGUUAACGAAUCCCAAGAUGAAAGACUGGGAUAAGAAGCUGGAUUCUGGUGUAGAAGAUGACAUUGGAGGAAUGUCUGACGACAGUAGUUCAGAUGAAGAUUGAUUCAAUACUUUCAAACAAGAUCAAUGCUUUCUUAUGCUUAUCCCCCACAAUUUUGUCUCCAAGAAUGCUAGACACAUGGUGUUGGAAUGAUAUGGUCAUGUUCUUUGCAAUAUAAUUGGUUAACUUAGCAGCUCUAGACAAAAGGUGUGCCUUCUGUUCUUUAAGGCUGCGCCCUUCAGUUCUUUGUAGCCGGUGAGUACUAGUACAGCCUACGAAAGAGGAUCCGCGGUAGCUUCCUGCCUUCGUAUAGGUUCUCCUACAUCAUAUCAGUUCCAUGUAGCUGGUAGGUACGAGUACAGCCUACGAAAGAGCAUCAACGUUGGCUUCCUGUCUUUGUAUCGGUUCUCCACUUCUCUAUAUCAUUUAGCAAGUAAGCCUACGAAAGGAGCUGCUCUCGAUGUGCAAUCAGCUGCAAAAGAAAAUUUUGCGGUCUAAUUCGACGUCUUACUUUUAACAUGGGAGUUGCUAUGAGUCCAAUUCGGGAAAAGCGCC